AUGGCGGAUACUGUCAAGCCUCCUCACCUUGAUUUCCGCUCGGGUUUAUCUGACGAAAAAGGCAACUCGAACUUGGUCUUUGUUUGCACUCCAGCGUCGCUGCUGCUUGUCUCCAACCAACGCAACCGACACCAGAUCACUGCACUCGAGCUCUCUUAUCCACCACGGCGCUUGUGUCCUUGCACUGUGUACACACCAGUGGGUCUGUUCCAGAUGAUUCAAAUAAUCAAACUCCAUGUCGGGAGAAACGGAUAUGCUCGUCAUCAGCCAGGUCCAAAUAAGCUUGUGUUCGAAGACGAGUUAGAUCAGGGAUUUGAAAACUCACAACCUGCUGCCAAGUUUGAAUGUCCACCCUCACCUACCCUGGAGGAAAAUGAGUACUUUGAUCGUGAAGCAGACACUGAUAUUAACAUGGGCAUGGACGUGGAUCCUAUUGAUGGGGACUUUUAUGUUGACGAUGAUGUUCACGAAUACCCUUCCCAACCCGAUUCUCCUCCUCUAUACUUUCCACCAUCUGACGACGAGUCUCUUGACAACCAAAGUGUACUUUCUCUCGAUCUCGGGACCCCUGCUAUCACACAUGACGAGCAUCACGAACGGGUCAGUACCAGUGAAUAUAUUGAGAGAGGUGAUGAGCAAGAUGACGAGCGAGUUCGGGGUUUAGAGGGGGAUCCUGAAUACUUGUCGAAUGAUGCUGUCCUCGAGGAUGGCCCUGGAUGA